AUGUGUCUGACAGAAAUAGAAAAAAUCCCUAAGCCAGUUGUAGCCUGCGCUUGGAAUGUAGCCCCAAAUAUGAGCAUCAAGACUAAGUCUGAAAUGACUUACAAUGCUAGAGGAGGAGUCAUGGAAUUUUUAUUAGCAAACCAUCCUUUAGACUGCCCAAUCUGUGAUCAAGGGGGAGAAUGCGAUUUACAAGAUCAAUCUUUAUUAUUUGGAUAUAAAAUAGGGAGAUUUAUAGAAUAUAAAAGAUCAGUUGAGGACAAGAAACUUGGCCCUUUAAUUAAUACAAUAAUGACUAGAUGCAUCCAUUGUACAAGAUGUAUUAGAUUUCUCGACGAUGUAGCAGGAAACUUCGUCUUGGGGACCUCUCUCAGGAGUAGGGAAAUGGAAAUUGUGAAUUAUGUAGAACGGCUCAUUACAAGUGAGCUAUCAGGAAAUGUUGUAGAUCUUUGUCCUGUAGGCGCUCUCACUAAUGCUCCUUAUGCUUUUACUGCAAGACCUUGGGAACUACGAUCGGUGCCUACAUUUGAUGUAGAAGAUGGAAUAAUGCCUGCUAUCGAAAUCAAUUCGAGGCGACAAGAAAUAAUGAGGAUUCUCCCAAGGGUUCAUGAAGAAAUCAAUGAAGAGUGAGUUCAUGAUAGAUCACGCCACGCUUAUGACGGAUUAAAGCGCCAAAGGAUAAAUGCAUGCCUGAAGAAAAAUCCUGAUGGAAGCUAUAAAGAUAUAUACUGGCAAGAAGCCUUCGAAAUUUUGGCUAGUAAAAUCAAUGAGGUGUCAGGGGAAGAAAUACUAGGAAUCAUAGGUGAGCACAUGGAUCUCGAGUCUGUGACUGCAUUCAGAGAUCUCUUGUACUCUCUUGGAUGUGAAAAUAUAGAGACAGUUUCAAAUACAAUUAAAAUUAGCCCUGAUUUCAGAAGUAAUUACUUGAUGAACUCGAAAAUUACAGGAAUUGAAGAAUCUGAUUUAAUCUUAAUAGUCGGAGCGAAUAUGAAAAUCGAGUCUCCAGUGCUUAAUGCAAGAAUUAAAAAAGCUAUAAGAGAAAAUGAUGCUUCAGUAGCUCUUAUAGGGACACCUGAUUAUCUGAGUUAUGAUUAUUUGCACCUUGGAAAUUCUCUUGAUAUUCUUCAUGAUAUCAUUAAUAAAAAACACCCUUUUUCGAAAACACUUGAAAAAUCAAAAUUUCCAAUGAUAAUUGUGAGUUCUUUGCUACUCCAAAGAAAUGACGGAGAAGCUAUAAAUGCUUUGAUUUAUGAAUUGGCUCAAAAAUUCAAAAUGAUUCAGCCGGAAAAUAACUGAAAUGGCUAUAAUGUUCUUCACUUCAAUGUAGGCCCGAUAUCAACCCUAGAAGUGGGAAUUACUACAGAUAUUGAAACAAAGGUUAAGCCAAAAUUUGUGUAUUUAUUAGGAGCUGACAAUUAUAAUAGGGAUAAAAUCCCUGAUGAUGCUUUUGCAGUCUAUCAAGGAACCCAUGGAGAUGAAGGAGCAUACAGGGCAAAUUUAAUUCUUCCUGGCGCUGCUUAUACUGAAAAAAAUGCAAGCUAUGUAAAUACAGAUGGAAGAGUUCUUCUGGGAAGAAUUUCUUCAACAAAAUUUGGCGAUUCAAGAGAAGAUUGGGAAAUCAUAAGAGCAUUAAGCGAGUCUUUAGGGAAAGCACUGCCGUAUGAUACACUGCAAGAAAUUAGGUACAGAAUUGCAGAGCUUGCCCCACAUUUGAUUAAGUAUGACUAUAUUGAGCCUUAUAACUUAGGAUGGACAACAAAACCAAGAAAUGGGAAAAUCGAUCUGAAUUGGGUUAAUGAUACAGUUGAUAACUUUUAUAUGACUGAUAGCAUUUCUAGAGCUUCUCCAACUAUGGCCAGAUGCUCACUCCCUCCAUAAACGAUCUAAAAAAUUUGUUCAUCACCGAGGGGUUUAAUUUUUUUUUAAUUUUUAUAUAUAAGACAAUCACAAUUGGAAAGCAAAUAUUUAUUUAAUUUGUAAAAAUUAUGUUUUAAAGUUAUUCAAAAUUGGCCAAAUUAGCUAGAUAUUUCAUACAUCAAUUAUCAAUUAUAUAUAAAAAAUUUUUAGAUUAAAACAUUUUUUUUUAUGUGGAGGGCGUUUUUUGGGAAAAAAAUGGGAUUUUUCCAAGGUUUUUAUUCACUCACGGGUGAGUUUUUAAAUCCAGAAAAAAAUACAAAUUUCAUACCUGAAAUACCUUUAAGAAAAUAA